UGGUAAAACCUUAGUUGCUCUUUGCAUCUCACAUGCACGCCAUUUGCAAUACUGAACCAGAACAUGUUGACUGCUAUGUAACGAAAAAUGCUUUUUAUUAAUACUCAAUGGACUUUGUUUAGUAGUUUUAUGUAGUAAAUUAGGCGGAUUUGUAAACUUGAGAUACCAAAAUGGAUAUGCCAGAAGUAAAAGCGUUCAACGCGGAGUUAUCCGGGUUGUACGAAAACAAGCCACCAAUUUCAAAAGCUAAGAUGAGCGCUAUCACUAAAGGUGCUAUAAAGGCGAUAAAAUUUUACAAGCAUGUAGUUCACAGUGUAGAAAAAUUCAUUCAGAAGUGUAAAGCGGAAUACAAAGUUCCCGGUUUAUACGUGAUAGAUUCAAUAGUGCGGCAGUCGAGGCACCAAUUCGGCCAAGAUAAAGAUGUUUUCGCUCCUCGAUUUGCGAAAAACAUGCAGCAAACAUUUGCCAACCUUUUCAGAUGUCCACCAGAAGAUAAGCGCAAUAUAAUCCGCGUAUUAAACCUCUGGCAGAAGAAUAAUGUGUUUGGACCUGAUGUCAUCCAACCACUGAUGGAUAUGGCGGACCCCAACCACCCGUUACACCAGGAGAUAUUGCAGCAACAGAACAACACUACAAAUGGGAGCAGUUUAAACAUAAGCCACAACACAACAAGUCUAGGAGAGGGCAAGAUGUCCCCCACGGCACAGAACACACCCCGAGCCGCUACGCCCCCACCACCGCCUGACCAGGAGCAGGCGGCGCCGGGCGUCAAGUUCAACCGCAAGCUGCUCAACGACUUCGAGUACGAGAGCGAGGACGAGGCGGCCGGCGCCGAGCCUCAUCCCGCGCACCCGCCGCACCCAGCGCACCCGCCGCACCCAGCGCACGCCCACCACGGCCCGCACGGCAACGCCCACAACCCCACGGACGCGCUCGGCAGCAUCCUGACCAACCCGGAGAUCAUGCGGCAGCUGCAGAGCCUGCAGGCGCAGAUGCAGAUGAUGACCGGACUGCAGGUGCCUGCGCAGGCGGCGGGCGCCCUCCCCGCCCACGAGCCUGCCCAGCGCCCGGAGGGCAAGGACGACGCCGCCAACGAGUCAGACAUCGAGUUCGUGGAGACCGGCCCCCAGGUCAUCGAGAUCCCCGACGCCAACGACUCCAGGAGCCCCUCGCCGCGCGCGCGCCGCCACCGCUCGCGCUCCAAGUCGCCGCGCCGCCGCCGCCGCUCCCGCUCCCGCUCCCGCUCGCCGCGCCGCCGCCGCGACCGCGACCGCGACAGGGAUCGAGACAGAGACAGAGAGAAGAGUCACAAGGAAAGAGAAGCGGAGAAGGAAAAGCAACGCGAGAGAGAAAAGAAAGGUUUACCGCCGAUCAAGAAGGAAAACCUCAGCGUGUGCAGCACCACGCUGUGGGUGGGGCACCUGUCCAAGCUGGCCACGCCCGAGGAGCUGUCGGACCUGUUCGGCGGAGUGGGCGGCGUCCACUCCAUCGACGUGGUGGCGCCGCGGGGCUGCGCCUUCGUCGUCAUGGAGCGCCGCCGCGACGCCGCCAAGGCGCUCGCCACCCUCAACCGACACAAGCUGCACUCCAAGGAGAUCACCGUGGCGUGGGCUGCCGGCAAGGGCGUGAAGGGCCGCGAGUGGAAGGACUACUGGGAGGCGGACCUGGGCGUGGCCUACCUGCCCUGGGAGGCGCUGCACCAGCGCUGGCUGCUCGGCGCCCUCUCGCUCGAUGCGCUCGAGGACGGCGGCGCCGUCGACGAGGACACGCUGCCGCCUUGGUUGCCGCCGAGGAUCAUUCCCAAGGCGAUGAUGGACGGACUGCCGCUGCUGGGCGCGCUCGCGCCGCCCGGGUCGCUGGGCGCGCGCGCCGCCUUGCCCGCGCUGCCCGCCGCGCCCCUGCCCGCCUCGCUGCCCGUCGUGCCGCGCAUGCCGCCGCCCGGGAUGACUGCCGGCAUGCCCCCCGGCUUCGCGCCCGCCUUGCCGCCCGGCAUGCGACCACCCGCCCUGCCCGCCGGGGUGCCCGCCGGAGUGACAGGUCUGGCGCGCGACGGCCCGCUGCUCGGCUUCCCGCCCGCGCUGCAGCAGCCAGGUAUGGUGGGCGGCUUCCUGGGCGGGCUGGUGGGCGCGCACGUGGGCGGCCUCGUGCUGCCGCUGCACCCGCACGCCCCGCCGCACCGCCAGCCGCCGCCCGCGCACAUCCCCGCGCACGACAACGCCACCGCCGCCGCCCCCGCCCCCGCCCCCGCCACCGCGCCCGCCGGCGACGCGGCCGCGGGGGACACAGGCGCCGCGCCCGACGACGCCAUGGAGCUGGACCCCGAGGAGCCGCCGGCGGAGCCCGCGCUGCUGCCCGACCAGAUCCAGGCGCUGAUGUCGAAGCCGCCGCCCAACUUCCAGACGUCGGAGCCGCCGCCGCACCCGCCGCACCCGCCGCCCGACCUCGACUUCGACGCCUUCGACGCCUCGCAGCCGCCGCCCGACGAGCGCCGCGACCGCGACCGCGACAAGGAGCGUCGCGACCGCGACCGCGACCGCCGCGACAGGCGCGACCGCGACCGUGACCGUCGCGACCGCGAGCGCGCCCCACGCGACCGCGACAGGGAAAGAGAAGAAAGAAGAGACCGUGACCGCGAACGUGGGCGUGACGUACGUGACACACGGGACGGGCGUGACACACGGGACGGACGUGACACACGGGAUGGACGUGACGGGCGUGACGCGCGUGAGAGUCGCGAGCGGCGUGACCGCGAGCGAGCCGGCGCCGGCGCCCGGGACGUCGUCAGAGACCGCAGUCGGGAGAAGUCUCCGCGAGCGGGCGGCGACAGCGGCGGCGGUGGCGGCAGCGGCGGCAGCGGCGGCGGCGGCGCGGACACCGAGAAGAGUCUGCAGGAGAGGCUGUGGGAGAUGGCCAACGGCGGGCCCGGCCCGGCGCACCCCCCGCACCCGGCGCACCCCCCGCUCCCACCGCCCGAUGGCGAUGGCGCGGAGGCGGGCGAGGAGACGCAGGCGGGCGGCGCGGCGGGCGGAGCGGCGGGCGGCGCGGCGGGCGGAGCGGCGGGCGGAGCGUGGCCGGCGCGCAUGCCGCCGCCAUACCGCGCAGGGCCGUGGGUGGAAGUUCAAGGGCCACCGUUCGGUCCUCGUUUCAAUGGGAUGGGGCCGUCUCUCUUUAACAGACCUCCGUUCGAGAGACCUUCGUUCGAAGGCGGGCCGAUAUUUGAACCGCGUUUCGAGAGACCUCCUUUCUCUCGCAUGCCCUUCGACAUGAACAGACCCCGGCUCCCGUACGAUGGCCCCAGGCCGCCCUUCGAUGGCCCGCGACCUCCUUUUGACGGUCCCAGACCUCCGUUCGAUGGACAUAGGCCGCCUUUCGACGGACCGAGACCGCAUUUCGAUGGACUUAGACCAGGGUUCGAAGGACCCAGGCCACCGUUCGAUGGGCCUUCCAGAAAAUUCGACGGAGACAGGCCUUUCGAUGGCCCCAGAUUUGACGGUCCCGCAGAAUAUUUCGACAGGAGCGGUAGAUUUGAAGAAAGAGAACAAUUUAAUGAAAGAGGUUGGAACGGAGAUAGAGAGAGAGACAGAGAUUGGAACAGAAGAAACGAAUGGGAGGACCGAAGAAAGGAUCGCAGAAGUAGAGAGCGCGAAGAUAGAUUUAGAGAUAGAAGCGACAGAAGAAGAACUGUGGAUGAGAAACCUCGGCCAUCGCGAGACGAGCGUAGCUCUAGGAGAGACAAGGACAGAAAAUCCCGAUGGGGCGCCGCCGAAGACAUCGUCGCGACCGAACGGCGCCACCGCCCCGACACCACGCUGCCGGAGGACGCCGCGCCCGCCGCGCCCGCCAAGAGGAACCGCCUGCGUGCGCACUACGCGGCGCCGUGGGCCAGGUACGUGUCGGCGGCCGCGCGCGCACCCGCACGCGCACCGCACACGCACCGCACACGCACCGCACCCGCACUGCGGCGCGGCGGCGGUGCGGUUGCGCACGCGGUCGCUGCAUUUUUUAUAUUCAACGUGGCGGUCGACAGGAAGCAUAGGCUUGUGUCCGAGUGUCGCAGCCGCUUGCUACCCCUCCGCCGCCACGCCACUAGCCGCUACCCGCUAGCCGCUACCCACUACCUGUUAGAUGUGUCACCCGAAUCCGCUCCGCGCUGUCCGGUGAGAAGACGGAAGACGCCGCCGCAGCAGCAGCAGCAGAUCUUCUAUUUAUGA